UAUAUUACAAUGUGUGCAUCUAAUUUAUUGUUCUUUAAAUAAUAAAGACAUUUAUUUAUUCCUACAUGAUUUUUUACUCUAAUAUUUUACUAUACUAAACAUCCAAUGUUUAUUUCAGAUUCCGUACGGUGUGUAAGAACUUUUGCAAAUUGCAUUGAUGCUUUUUUUUUGGUUCACUCAUUGUUUAGGUAGUAAAAAAAAACAUCGUGAAAAUGUCAGCAAAAAUAAAAAUACAGGCAGAAAUCAACAGCUUUUGACUAAAUGUCUACCCAAAUCCUCAGAAUCAUUUUCCGAAUACAACUUUUUCGAAUACGACGAUACUUAUCAUAUACACCGUGGCUUACAUAGUUACACGUUUGACGAAACCGCCUCCAGUGGCUCAACACCCCUAACGUCACUUGUUUCGUUUUAGUUGCUAUGGAGUUGAAACGCAAACACGCUUCAAAGUUAUCAGUUAAACGAUCUGCUCACUUCUUCGUGUCGUACCAUUCGCGGUUUCAUCGUUUUGUCUCGUAUAGUUAGGUACCUACUUUUUUCAAGUGAUAUCAUAACUGAGAUGGGAACCACAAUGGUAUUACUUCCUUCUCGCAGUUGUAUCGUUUGUUGUACAAAGUAGGUACCUAUCACAUCGUCGCAAUUUGUGUAAAUCACUUUGGUGGUUCCGUAUGGUGACACACGAAGCUUAGAGGUGGAGACACCAACAGGAGACAUGGAUGGCGAAAUCGUCGUGCAGGACCUCGAACUACGGUCGUUGAUCGGAUUUGACGGUAAUCCGCUGAACGGCCUUAUACUGCACCCAGACGGCAUACAUCUUGUGUACCCGCUCGGCACCAACAUCGCGGCGUAUCAUUGGCGCACGAAAGCUCAGCGGUUCUUCGAGGGACAUACGAACGUGAUAUCGGCCGUGACGGUGUCGACUUCUGGCCGGUACGUGGGUUCCGGUCAGGUGAACUACAUGGGGUUCCGGUCACCGAUAAUCGUGUGGCAAUUCGACACCGGUCAUUUGAUCGCGAAAUACGAGUCACACAAGGUGCGCGUCGAGUCCGUCGCAUUUUCGUGCUGCGAAAACUUUUUGAUAUCCCUUGGCGGCAUCGACGACGGUUCGGUGAUCGUCUAUGACAUCGGUAAGCGGGAGGUGCUGUGCGGGUCUUCAUCCGUCAAGUCGACCGCCGGCUCGGCGACCGUGCUCCGGCCGGUACACAUGCGCGGCGAGUGUUUUAUCGUGGCCGGUGACAACAUACUCAGGCUGUGGACGCUCAACAGAGAACAGCGGAACAUCCAGGGGCUAGACGGUUCGUUCGCCAAGAUCAAGCGCAAGAUUUUGUGCACGGUUGUCGAUCGGCUGGACGAGUACGCGUACUGCGGCACCAGCACGGGUGAUGUGAUGAAAAUCAAACUGAACUUCUCGGCCGACACGGCCGUGGUGGCCCCCACCAACGCGCCGACGCUGGUCGGAUGUUUUGCCAAAUACCCGCCGGCUGGCAAGAACAGGCGUGGUGCCUCCUCCGCCGCAGCCGUAGAACUGUACAGCAAAGGCAUCACGGCGUUAUACUUGGUGGCCGACGGCAGCAUGUUGGUGGGCUCCGGAGACGGAGUUGUCGAGCUGGUAAAGCAAAAGGCCCGUGACGGUGGACGUGGCACGUGCAACAAGCCGAACAGCACGCGACUGGCGACGCCCACCCGUCCGCUGCUGGUGGCCGUCAAGUCAGCCAACGUCGAUUCGUCCGUGACCAGCAUACAGUUGAUGGACGACGGCGUCGUUUUGGUGGGUACCGUUAACUGCGAGCUGUUCGCUGUCCGCGCGCACGACUUCGACGUCACCUGCCUAUUCACGUGCCACACGUCUGUAGUGUAUGACCUUGCGUUCCCGCAUGGCUACAGCAAGGUGUUCGCUACCGCCAGCAAGCAUGACGUGCGCGUUUGGUCGGUGGACACGCUGCAAGAGCUGCUCCGGAUCACCGUGCGCAACUUCACGUGCUCUGGCGUGCUGUUCUCGUACGAUGGCGCGCAGAUCGUCACGUCAUGGAACGACGGCAACAUCCGGAUAUUCGCGCCGGAAACCGGGCGCCUGCUGUACGCCAUCAACAACUGUCAUAACAAGGGCGUGUCGGCUAUCGCCAUGUCCAAGGACGGCCGGAAGCUGCUGAGUGGUGGCGGCGAGGGCCAGGUUCGGGUGUGGAAGGUGGACAACCUCAACGGGACACUGCAAGCCGUGCUCAAGGAGCACAAGGGCCCGGUGAGCUCGAUCGACGUGCACCAACUGGGUCACGAGGCGAUCACGGCCAGCGCGGAUGGCACGUGCGUCGUCUGGGACAUUGUCCGGUUCACGCGGCUGUCCAUAAUGUUCUCGUCAACGAUAUUCACCAGUGCCAAGUACCAUCCGAACGGCGCCCAACUGCUCACAUGCGGCACCAACAGGUAUAUUGGGUUCUGGGAGGCACUCGACGGGUCGUUGAUACGCGAGAUCGAAGGAUCGUCGGCUUCUGCGCUCAACUCGUUAGACGUUACGCCCAACGGUAAGUACAUCGUCACCGGCAGUUCAGAUCAGAUGGUGAAGGUGUGGCUGUACAACGAGGGUGUGCCUACGCAUGUCGGGGUGGGUCACGCGGGGGUAGUGACCAACGUGAAGGUGAGCCCGGAUGGUAGGUUCGUGGUGAGCACGAGCGCGGACGGCGGCAUAUUCCUGUGGCGUUUUCCUCACGCCGCAGACAUCGCACCGCCCGGCAGCCGGUGCAGCGCGAAUAGCGUCGCCGGCGGUGGUGCUGGCGCCAAUCGGCGGGAACAGCAGACGGACCGUUCGAGGCAGCUGUCGCUGAAGAAAACGCUGCCGGCCCGGAAAGAGAACAUCAACGUCAUAUCCAAGGUGCAAAAAGUACGGACGGCCACGGACUGCAGCCGACCGUCCGCCGUAGCGACGGUGGCCGGUGACGGGAACGCCACCGAAACGACCGUCGACGGAUCGGUAAAGUGUCUGUGCCGGCCCGGGUCGACGGCCACUUGCGUUUGCUGCGACCACGGCACAGGCGGCCGAAAGAUCAAACCGUUUGUCCGAUGACGAGUGUUUACGCGCCUAAAUAUUGUCUGCAGUGUAAUUAUAUAAAAUGUAUUGUAUAGCCUGUAUCGGUGUUGUAAAGUAUUUGAGUAAAAGUAUUCAAAUACGUUUAUGAGUGUAUUGAAUAUACUAUUGUUUAUAUAUUCA